AUGACAGUUGAAGAAUUGAAAGAUGAGAUAAGUGCAAUUGAUUCCAUCUUCCCCAACUCGGUUGAACUUGAAUAUUGUCAAAUCUAUAAUUUCAAAAUUCCCCAGCAUGAAGAUAUUUCAUUCCAAUUAGAUUUCCCUGUAUCAUAUCCUGAUGAAAAACCACGUUUUGUAAAGAUGAUAAAUUUAAAUAUUGCUCAGUUCACUGAUGGCUCGUAUUUGGAGAAAAAGAUACGUAAUUUGUUGGAUGCAAUUUACAGUCCUGGCCAAGUUAUCUUAUUUGAAUUGCUUAGUGGAUUGCAGGACUUUUUUGAUAAAUACGUAGAAGAGCGAGAGGCAUUGAAAAUUCAACAGCAGCAGCAGCAGCAGCAGCAACAACAACAACACGUCUCAAGACCUCUUUCUUCUAUGACUGUGGAAGUAGAACAGAAGCGAGAUGAUCAUGAGAAAGAUAUUGAUUAUACUGCUGGAUGGUAUCGAUCUGAACCCAUAGUAGACCGACAUUCAACCUUUAUUGCUUGGGCACGAGUAGUUUCUGAUCCAGAGGAAGCAAGACGCUUUUUACAUAAUCUCACUAUGGAUAAGAAGGUGUCUAAAGCAACGCAUAACAUAUCAAGUUGGAGAAUUAAAGAUAACAACAGUCUUGCUAUUUAUCAAGAUUGUGAUGAUGACAAUGAGACGGCUGCGGGUGGGAGACUACUACAUUUGCUACAGAUGAUGGAUGUAUGGAACGUGAUUGUUGUUGUGAGUCGGUGGUUUGGUGGUAUACAUUUGGGUCCUGAUAGAUUUAAACACAUUAAUUCUGCAGCUAGGGAUGUUAUCACCAAAGGAGGUUUUGUAUCCAAAGAAACAAGCCAAGGUAAAAAGAAGAAGAAAUAA